UCCGUCACACAGCUGAGGCGUUGGAGGCGGUGGCAGCCAUUUUGGAGCAGGGCGCGGGGCCGGACGCAGCGGAGGGAGAGCGGAGCUCCCCCCUCGCCGCCAUGGCAGCCCCGCUCGGUACCGGCGCCUUCACGGAGGAGACCGGGCAGGAGAAACAGGACACUCAGGAGAAGGACAGAGCCGUCCCCCCCGAGAGGGCAGAGGAGGCAAAGCUCAAGGCCAAAUAUCCCAACCUGGGCCAGAAGCCCGGGGGCUCCGAUUUCCUCAUGAAGAGGCUGCAGAAAGGGCAAAAAUACUUCGACUCUGGUGACUACAACAUGGCCAAGGCGAAGAUGAAGAACAAGCAGCUGCCAAGUGCAGGGCCUGACAAGAACCUGGUGACAGGAGACCACAUCCCCACGCCCCAGGACCUGCCUCAGAGAAAGUCCUCGCUCGUCACCAGCAAGCUGGCGGGGUAGCCUGCGCUCCCAGCUGGGGGCUUCCCUCUUUUUGUUUCUUUUCUUUUGGCUAAAUGGAUUGAACUUCACUGUACCAUAGGGAUGGGAGCACCAGAACCCAUGUAGUUGUUUGAGUCUUUCCAGCGAACACACCCCAAACCCGAGCGGGGAGGGCAGGGUUGGGUUGGCCCUUCCCCUCAGCGAGGCUUUGCCUUAAUUUUCCUGCUGUUUGAAACCAUCCCAGAGCCACUGGAAUGCUGCCUCCUCGCUGGGAGAGCCCCGGGAGGAGCAGGAGAGGGCUCGGGGGAGGCGCCUGGAGGAGGGGAGAGCGCAGGGCUAAGGCGUGGGAAGGGAUUUCAGGUGUUGGGGGUCUGCAGAGCGACCCAGCUGGGCAGGAGGUGUGAUCCCAGGUCUGGAAAGUGUGAUCCCAGAUCUGGGAGGUGUGAUCCCUGAUCUUGAAAAUGUGAUUCUAGAUCGGGCAGGUGUGAUCCCUGAUCUGGCAGGUGUGAUCCCAGUCUGGAAGCAUAGUCAGGUGUGUGCAUUAGAGCUUCAAA